AUGUUCUCCAUUAAAAGAGCCCUUACUAAGGCACCAGCUGUUGGUCAAUCAUUCCGAGCCUUGGCUACCGCUGCAGCCGGUGCGCCAAAGACUAUGACCGUCAGAGAUGGUAUUAACAAGGCAAUGGAAGAAGAAUUGGAGAGAGAUCCAGAUGUUUUCCUCAUGGGUGAAGAAGUGGCUCAGUAUAAUGGUGCCUACAAGAUUUCCAGAGGACUUCUCGACAAGUUCGGCCCAAAGAGAAUUGUCGAUACCCCUAUCACUGAGAUGGGUUUCACAGGUCUCUGUGUCGGUGCCGCCUUUUCCGGUCUGAAGCCUAUCUGUGAAUUUAUGACUAUGAACUUCGCCAUGCAGGCCAUUGACCAGAUUAUCAACUCUGCUGCUAAGACUUAUUACAUGUCUGGCGGUAAAUUGCCAGUCAAUAUUGUCUUUAGAGGUCCAAACGGUGCUGCCGCUGGUGUUGCCGCUCAGCAUUCUCAGGACUAUUCGGCUUGGUAUGGUGCUAUUCCAGGUUUAAAGGUUAUUUCUCCAUACUCCGUUUCUGAUGCAAGAGGUCUAUUGAAAUCUGCCAUCAGAGAUCCAAACCCAGUUGUUUGCUUGGAGAAUGAGUUGCUUUACGGUCAGUCAUUCCCUGUUGAUGAGAAGAUUCUUUCUCCUGACUACACUAUUCCUAUCGGUGAGGCUGAAAUUCUUAGAGAAGGUAAGGAUGUCUCCAUUUUCUCUUACACAAGAAACUUGAACUUCUGUCUUGAGGCUGCUGACAUAGUCAGAGACAAGUACGGUGUUGAGGCUGAGGUUAUCAACUUGAGAUCCAUAAAGCCUUUGGAUCUUCCAGCCAUUUUCAAAUCUGUCAUCAAGACUCAUCAUGCCAUCACUGUUGAAUCUGGAUUUGCAUCUUUCGGUGUUGGUUCUGAGAUUGUUGCACAGGUUAUGGAGAGUUCUGCAUUUGAUUACUUGGAUUCCCCGAUGGAGAGAAUAACGGGAUGUGAGACCCCAACUCCUUAUGCUAAGAGUUUGGAGGACUUUGCUUUCCCAGAUACUCCUACUGUUGUCAGAGGUAUCGAGAAGGUUUUGUCCUUGGGCGCCUGGGCUUGA